CAGGGAGGAGGGAGGAAUCACCCCAUCCUGUGCCAUGGCCUCGCCUCGGUCUGCCCAGCACACCGGCCCCCCCGAUGGAGGCUGGGGAUGGAUGAUCGUUGCCGGCUGCUUCCUUGUCACUAUCUGUACCAGGGCUGUGACGAGGUGCAUCUCCAUUUUUUUUGUGGAGUUCCAGACAUACUUUGGGCAAGACUAUGCCAGAACAGCUUGGAUCCACUCCAUUGUAGACUGUGCUACGAUGCUCUGUGCCCCGCUUGGGAGUUUGAUCAGUAAUCAUGUAUCCUGCCAAGUUGGCAUCAUGUUAGGAGGGCUGCUUGCAUCUACUGGACUAAUUUUGAGUUCAUUUGCCACCAGCCUGGAACAUCUCUACUUAUCAUUAGGAGUCCUUACAGGUCUUGGGUUUGCACUCUGCUAUUCUCCAGCCAUUGCAAUGGUGGGCAAAUAUUUCAACAAAAGAAAAGCGCUGGCGUAUGGAAUAGCCAUGUCAGGAAGCGGAAUCGGUACCUUCAUCCUGGCCCCUGUCGUCCAGCUCUUAAUUGAGCAGUUUUCCUGGCGUGGAGCUUUACUCAUACUGGGAGGUUUUGUUUUGAACCUCUGUGUCUGUGGUGCCUUGAUGCGGCCCAUUGCUCUUAAGGAAGACCGUAAAACUGCUCCUGAAUCUCUUGAACAGGAUUAUGUUCCCAAAGCACAGAAACAAGACUUAAAGCGAAUGUCCAUUUUUUCACCCUUAAUCAAAGUGUGGUCUCAUGAAUGUUUAUGCUACUGUUCAUGGAAGGAAUAUAACUUUUUGCUGAUGCCAGGCUUCAUGGUGCUGGCAGUGUCGGUUUUAUUUAUGGCAUAUGGCUGUAGCCCUCUUUUUGUCUACCUAGUGCCUUAUGCUUUGAGCGUUGGAGUGAGUCACCACCAGGCUGCCUUCCUCAUGUCUGUACUCGGUGUCAUAGACAUCAUUGGGAAUAUCACCUUUGGAUGGCUAACAGAUAGAAGGUGUCUGAAGAAGCAUCGUCACUUUUGCUACCUCUUUGCUGUGGGAAUGGAUGGCCUCUGUUGUCUUUUCCUACCAGUGCUCGAAAACUUCCCCUUGCUUGUGCCUUUCUCAUUUACUUUUGGUUACUUCGAUGGAGCCUAUGUAACACUGAUCCCUGUCAUAACAGCAGAUGUAGUGGGAACUUCUUCUUUAUCAUCAGCACUGGGUGUUGUGUAUUUUCUGCAUGCCAUACCAUAUCUAGUGAGCCCGCCUGUUGCAGGUUGGCUUGUAGACACAACUGGCAGUUAUACUGCAUCCUUCCUCUUGUGUGGAUUUUCUAUGAUAUUUAGUUCGACGUUAUUGUGCUUUGCAAAUCUAGCAAAGAAAAUCAGAAGAACUCGUUUGCUAUCACUCACCAAUGACACGGGCACAAAACAGCACAUCUGGACUAAUGGAGCAAUAGCUUAUUCUGUCACAGCAGAAUUAGACCAAAAAGAUGUUGAAUUUUUGGCUGUGGAUAUAAACAACUACAGCAACAGAUGACAAGUGCAUCAAGAUUCAGUACUGUACAGCCAUGACUAAGACAGAGGUGGUGUUAUAGUGUUACACUGCUGAAGAUACUACUUCUGUGAAACAAGACAUCUCUUAAUUAGAUUUUGCUGGCAUGUUUUAGUUGGCUAAAGUCUACAUACAACAUUAGUAAUACCAAGUAAAUGCAGCAAUAGAAGGAAGCUAGACUGAAAAUAGAGUUUGUAGAUACAAAUGUUCACAGAUUUGUUUGAAAUGCAGUAUGGUGACUCCACAGAUAACCUAGAAGACGAAAAUUGGCUAUAAUAAUAAUCAGUCAUGAAAACUGAACAAUAAAAUUUGAAGUAUUUAAAAAAUAGUAUUAAUGAAAUAAACUUCUUGGUGUUCUGGUCUAUUAUCUUUCAAUGGACUACUCACACACACCACCAAAAACCUUCCCCAUGUAUCAUUCUGCAUUAAACUGUUUGCAAAUAAC